AUGGAGUCGCUCCUGCUGCCGGUGCUGCUGCUGUUGGCGGUACUGUGGACGCAGGCAGCUGCCCUCAUUAACCUCAAAUACUCGGUAGAAGAGGAGCAGCGCGCCGGGACGGUGAUCGCCAACGUGGCCAAGGAUGCGCGCGAGGCGGGCUUUGCUCUGGAUCCACGGCAGGCCUCUGCCUUCCGUGUGGUGUCCAACUCAGCUCCGCACCUGGUAGACAUUAAUCCCAGUUCGGGCCUGCUUGUCACCAAGCAGAAGAUCGACCGCGACCUGCUGUGCCGCCAGAGCCCCAAGUGCAUAAUCUCGCUGGAGGUCAUGUCCAGCUCAAUGGAGAUAUGCGUGAUUAAGGUGGAGAUCAAGGACCUGAACGACAAUGCGCCCAGCUUCCCAGCGGCACAGAUCGAGCUGGAGAUCUCCGAGGCAGCUAGUCCCGGCACGCGCAUCCCGCUGGACAGCGCCUAUGACCCGGACUCAGGCAGCUUCGGCGUGCAGACAUACGAGCUCACGCCUAAUGAGCUGUUUGGCCUGGAGAUCAAGACGCGCGGCGAUGGCUCACGGUUUGCGGAACUUGUGGUGGAGAAAAGUCUGGAUCGGGAGACACAGUCGCAUUACAGCUUUCGCAUCACCGCACUCGACGGCGGCGACCCACCGCAUCUGGGCACUGUUGGCCUCAGCAUCAAAGUGACCGAUUCCAAUGACAACAACCCAGUGUUUGGCGAGUCCACCUAUGCAGUGAGUGUGCCGGAAAACUCACCUCCCAAUACACCUGUCAUCCGCCUCAAUGCCAGCGACCCAGACGAAGGCACCAAUGGCCAGGUGGUCUACUCCUUCUAUGGCUAUGUCAACGACCGCACACGUGAGCUCUUCCAGAUUGACCCACACAGUGGCCUGGUCACAGUCACCGGUGCCCUAGACUAUGAAGAGGGGCACGUGUACGAACUGGACGUGCAGGCCAAGGACCUGGGGCCCAACUCCAUCCCAGCACACUGCAAGGUGACCGUCAGCGUUCUCGAUACCAAUGACAACCCGCCGGUCAUCAACUUGCUGUCAGUUAACAGUGAGCUGGUGGAGGUAAGCGAGAGCGCCCCCCCGGGCUACGUGAUUGCACUGGUGCGGGUGUCUGAUCGGGACUCCGGCCUUAAUGGGCGCGUGCAAUGCCGUUUGCUGGGCAACGUGCCCUUUCGGCUGCAGGAGUAUGAGAGCUUCUCCACUAUCCUAGUGGACGGACGGUUGGACCGCGAGCAGCAUGACCAGUACAACCUUACGAUCCAGGCGCGCGACGGCGGUGUGCCCAUGCUGCAGAGUGCCAAAUCCUUUACAGUUCGCAUAACGGACGAGAACGACAACCACCCGCACUUUUCCAAGCCUUACUACCAGGUCAUUGUGCAGGAGAACAACACACCUGGCGCCUACCUGCUUUCCGUGUCCGCCCGAGACCCCGACCUGGGUCUCAAUGGCAGUGUCUCCUACCAGAUUGUGCCGUCGCAGGUGCGGGACAUGCCUGUCUUCACCUAUGUCUCCAUCAACCCCAACUCGGGCGACAUCUACGCGCUUCGAUCCUUCAACCACGAGCAGACCAAGGCAUUCGAAUUCAAGGUCCUGGCCAAGGAUGGCGGCCUGCCUUCGCUGCAGAGCAACGCCACAGUUCGGGUCAUCAUCCUCGACGUCAAUGAUAAUACCCCGGUCAUUACGGCCCCACCCUUGAUCAAUGGCACUGCGGAAGUCUACAUCCCCCGCAACUCUGGCAUAGGCUAUCUGGUGACCGUGGUCAAAGCGGACGACUACGACGAGGGUGAUAAUGGCCGGGUCACCUACGACAUGACGGAGGGUGACCGGGGCUUCUUUGAAAUAGAUCAGGUCAAUGGCGAAGUCAGAACCACUCGCACCUUUGGCGAGAGCUCAAAGGCUUCUUAUGAGCUUAUUGUGGUGGCCCACGACCACGGCAAGACGUCUCUCUCUGCCUCUGCACUAGUCCUAAUCUACCUGUCCCCUGCUCUUGACGCCCAAGAGUCAAUGGGCUCGGUGAACUUGUCCCUGAUUUUCAUUAUCGCCCUGGGCUCCAUUGCCGGCAUCCUCUUUGUCACUAUGAUCUUUGUGGCAAUCAAGUGCAAGCGAGACAACAAAGAGAUCCGGACCUACAACUGCAGAAUCGCCGAGUACUCCUAUGGGCAUCAAAAGAAAUCAAGCAAGAAGAAAAAAAUCAGUAAGAAUGACAUUCGUCUGGUACCCCGGGAUGUGGAGGAGACAGACAAGAUGAACGUUGUCAGUUGCUCCUCCCUGACUUCCUCCCUCAACUAUUUCGACUACCACCAGCAGACACUGCCCCUGGGCUGCCGCCGCUCAGAGAGCACUUUCCUGAAUGUGGAAAACCAGAAUACCCGCAAUACCAGUGCCAACCACAUCUACCAUCACUCUUUCAACAGCCAGGGCCCCCAGCAGCCAGACUUGAUCAUCAACGGUGUGCCUCUGCCUGAGACUGAAAACUAUUCCUUUGAUUCCAACUACGUGAACAGCCGAGCCCAUUUAAUUAAAAGCAGCUCUACCUUCAAGGACUUAGAGGGCAACAGCCUGAAGGACAGUGGUCAUGAAGAGAGCGACCAGACUGACAGUGAGCAUGAUGUCCAGCGGAGCCUGUAUUGUGAUACUGCUGUCAACGACAUGCUGAACACCAGCGUGACCUCCAUGGGAUCUCAGAUGCCUGACCAUGAUCAGAAUGAAGGAUUUCAUUGCAGGGAAGAAUGUCGGAUUCUUGGCCACUCUGACAGGUGCUGGAUGCCCCGGAAUCCCAUGCCCACCCGCUCCAAGUCCCCUGAGCACAUGAGGAAUGUCAUUGCGCUGUCCAUUGAAGCUACUGCUGCUGAUAUUGAGGCUUAUGACGACUGCGGCCCCACCAAGCGGACUUUUGCAACCUUUGGAAAAGAUGUCAAUGACCCCCCGGCUGAGGAGAGGCCUGCCUUGAAAGGCAGGAGAACUGUCGAUGUGACCAUCUGCAGCCCCAAGGUCAGUGGUGCUAUCCGGGAGGCGGGCAAUGGCUGUGAAGCUAUUAGCCCUGUCACCUCCCCCCUGCACCUCAAGAGCCCUCUGCCCACCAAGCCCUCCGCGUCUUACACCAUUGCCCUGGCACCCCUGGCCCGUGAUCUGGAGCAGUAUAUCAACAAUGGCCCAUCUCGUCCGUCUGAAGCUGAACCCCGUGGAGCUGACAACGAGAAAGUCAUGUAUGAGGUCAACCCCACUCUGAAGGAGGGUCCUGACAAAGAGUCUCCUGGUGUGAAGCGUCUGAAGGAUAUCGUUCUCUAAAGCAGUCUCGGGGAAGAAGAGAGAGAAACCAUGCUGGUUAUCGAGGAAGCAGGAGCUGAUUGUUUUGAUUGCUCACCAAUGGUUGGUUCUUGAGUGGUUGUUAUUUCAGAGCUUUCCCUAAAUGUAUUGUUUAUAAGUGACUGUCAUUCUGUGACAAUCCCUCUCGUUUCAACAGGCAGCAGGGGUGUUCAGUUGGAGCAAAUUAGCUUUGGCUUGGGUUGUUCAUGGGGCCUUGAUGUUGGGGAAACAGAGACAAAUUCAGUUGUGAAAAGUAUUAUGUAUUAAGUGUUUGAAUUUAUAUAUUUUUCUAUGUCAAAAUUAUAAUAUAAAUUACCAUUGUCUGUGGAGGAUUACAUUUAAAAACGACAACAACAACAAAAAGAGAAAGCUCUGGACACCUUUAAUAAGCUUGCCACUGUUUUGUAGUGUAGACAAGUUAAUGGUCAUUUAUUGUGUACUAUUCAUUGAUUCAGUGAUGUGAAAUUGAGCCCCCAAAAGGUUGUUUCUGAAGCUUGAGUACUUUCCAGUGCCGCUACUUUGCUGUGGACACCCCUGCUUUAAGAACCCUUUUGCUAGCUGUGCUAUUGUUGUAUUUGAUAUUGCAAAUUGCUAUGUGUGUGGUGAUAGCAAAAGGCUUUUAGAAGUUGGUGUUUUUUUUUCUUAAAAAAAUAAACUAUAGACAAAAACAGAGUGCAAAAAACUGAGAUGGCCAGUGAAUGAGCGACACCACACAUAUAGAUUGAAAACUUGGAAGAUACUCACUCAUGGAGGAUACCCAUGUACUGGUUACUCACCACCUUGCAGAGUAUUUCUCCUGCCUUCAGUCUUCUGCCCAGAUCAGUGAUAGAUCAUUACAGAAAGUCAUUUUUGGAUAUUCUGCUAUCUAAUUUGCAGUUGUCAGAACUACUGUGCUGAAAG